GCAUGGAGCCCCGGAGGAAUCACGGCGCCAGCAGCUGCGAGGCCCGAGAAGCACAUCCUGGGAAGGAAGAUGCGUUGCGGACCCCUGUGCCGAUUCCUGUGGCUUUGGCCCUAUCUGUCCUAUGUUGAAGCUGUGCCCAUCCGAAAAGUCCAGGAUGAUACCAAAACCCUCAUCAAGACGAUUGUCACCAGGAUCAGUGACAUUUCACACACGGCUGUCUCCUCCAAACAGAGGGUCGCUGGUCUAGACUUCAUUCCUGGGCUCCACCCUGUCCUGAGUCUGUCCAGGAUGGACCAGACAUUGGCCAUCUACCAACAGAUCCUCACCAGUCUGCAUUCCAGAAAUGUGAUCCAAAUAUCUAAUGACCUGGAGAACCUCCGAGACCUCCUCCGCCUGUUGGCCUCCUCCAAGAGCUGCCCCUUGCCCCGGGCGAGGGGUCUGGAGAGCUUUGAGAGCCUGGGUGGUGUCCUAGAAGCCUCACUCUACUCCACGGAGGUGGUGGCCCUGAGCAGGCUCCAGGCGGCCCUCCAGGACAUGCUUGGGCGGCUGGACCUCAGCCCUGGGUGCUGAGCCCUCAAAGGCCUCUCUUCCCAAAGUCGAGGAGAGAGCCCUGGACUCCCG